AUGGCUGAGCAGGCCGCGGAACUCGAACAGUUCCGCCAGCAGUGGAAGGAAGAAGUCAGUGCUCGCGCUAGAAAACCAGAAAAGAAGCCUCUGUCAUCAGCACAACACAGACACAGAAGGACCAGCGAUGGCCGACCCGAGAGACCCGUCAACAAACCUCCGACUCGCCAUCCCGCGGCAGAUAUCAAACAGGACGACUCUGACCACUAUAGCGAUGCCGAUCAGGCUGGCGGUAGCAGUUCAGCCACGAUCCACCAGCGCAUGGAGACAUUGAAAAUCCAUAAUGUGGACGAUGACGAUUUUACCACGAAUGCCUCUUCCAAGAAAGAACCCAUCAGUGCGUUGGAACAUUUCGAGCGCGCUGUCGAAAAGGAGAGUCAGGGGAACUUGGGAGAUAGUCUCUCCCACUACCGCAAAGCGUACAAGCUCGAUUCAAAGGUCGAUCAGUCAUACAAGAACAAACACUUCCCUCAGACAGCCAAGUCAAAAGUGUCCAACCCAAAUCCCUCCAACGCCCCUGUCACAGUCCCCUCAACCGCCCACCACUCCCUCAAAGAACCCGACCCGUCUAAUAUAACUUUUUCUCAAUUGAUCGACUCCUUUGCACACGCUCAGAUCGAAGGUGCACCGCCCGUUAUUGAGGGAGAUCGUCCUCCCCCUUGCGUUAUCAAGAAGCUUCCCGCGGAGGUAUUGCUGGAGUUGCUCCGACACAUAGCAGUUCGCGAUCCGGCCAUUUAUGUUCGACUGUCUCUGGUCUGCAAGAAGUUGGCAUAUCAUGUCCUAAGCGACAACGCUAUUUGGAAACGUGUGGCCAUGGGCGCCGAAUUCGGCCUGGCCGGGCAGCGUUACGACUUCAACACCGAUUUACAAGGUCGUGAAAUCACCUUCCGUGCUCUGGAUGAAGACCUGGCAGAUGAAGACUUGCCGGGCCCCGUACGAGUGACGGACCUCCCAUUCCCUAAGGACACUAUCUGGCGCGAGGUUUUCCACAACUAUCCCCGCAUUCGCUUUACGGGUGUAUACAUCUCUACCGUCAACUACACUAGGCCGGGUGCUGCUUCUGUUACGGCGAGCACGUGGACCAACCCGGUGCACAUCGUGACAUAUUACAGGUACCUACGUUUUUUCCGUGACGGGACCUGCAUAUCUCUUCUCACAACCAACGAGCCCAUCGAAGUGGUUCACCACCUGACACCGGAGAACCUGACCUUUGUCCGUUCGGGGAAAAAGGAGGCCACACAUCCCCUGAACUUCACCUCCUCUGCACCCGCCCAGCUGAGAGAAUCCGGCUCCUCCAGCAUCGCAACGGGUGGCGGUGGAACCAGCACUGCAGCAGCACCACCUCCAUCGGCACGAGACGUCAUGAAACACGCUCUCCGCGGCCGCUGGCGCCUGUGCCACCCAAGUCUUGACAUUUCAGAAUCCAACAACACCACCACCACCACCAACCCGAACCACAGUCACGACCACGCAAGAAUCCCAUCAUCCAACCCCACGCCAACCAUGUCCCCAGGCGAUCUGCACAUCGAGACCGAAGGCGCCGGCCCCCGGUACAUGUACACGAUGCACCUCUCUCUAAAAUCCGCGGGAUCCGCCCGCUCGCGCCACACCACCAAGAACAACAAGCUGGUGUGGAAGGGCUUCUGGAGCUACAACGUGCUCACCAACGACUGGGCCGAGUUCCACCUGAGGAACGACAAGCCGUUCUACUUCUCCCGCGUCAAGGGUUACGGGCUGGGUUAUUGA